UCAUCAUGUUUUUUUUCAAUCUCUUUAAUCACAGGUAUAUCAUCCGAGGAGAAAAAACAAACAAACAUGAACAACGUAAUCAGUAUUCUAAAUGUUAGUUACGUGUUUUUUUUUCUUCUUCUUCAUCUUGCAUGCCAGUUUAUCAAUUCUGCUUUGGUCUUUGAUACUUGUUGCAGGUCAGGCAGGCGUGAACCAGCUAGGCGGAGUAUUCGUCAAUGGUCGCCCACUUCCCGUGUGUGUAAGGGCACGCAUCGUCGAGUUGGCCCAGCUUGGCGUCCGACCGUGCGACAUAUCCCGACAGCUUCUGGUCUCGCACGGAUGCGUCUCCAAGAUACUCAGCCGCUACUACGAGACUGGCUCCAUCGCACCGGGCAACAUUGGCGGUAGUAAACCAAAGGUUGCAACACCUCUGGUUGUGAAAAAGAUAAUGAGUUACAAACGGAAAAACCCUUCAAUCUUUGCCUGGGAGAUACGCGAUCGCCUUCUUCGGGAAAGAGUAUGUGAUAAGAAUACGAUACCUAGUAUUAGCUCAAUCAACAGGAUCAUACGAAAUGGAACUUACUUCACCCAUGAAGAGGGUAAUCCUAGCUCGCUGCCUGCACCCAUACCUCGCGUCGCAUCAGGACUUUCUCAUGGAAACGUGUCGCAUCCAUCUCAAGGUAUCAUCUCUUCAGACACACCCAUGACUCCGUAUCUUAGCAACCGCCUCAUAGAACUGGCAAAUGACCAUCAUCGAUUGGCCAGUCUGGAAAUGACGUCACCUACAGAUAGAAUACUUGUUCAAAGUGGAGACGGCAAUCAAACUGAUGUCCGAGAUGUUGAUCAGAAGAAAGAAAUGACGGAAACAGAAAAUGAAGAAGAUGAAGGUGUUCAAACUGACGUGGAAUCUCCUACUAAUGAAUAUAUAGGUGCCAUUCUGCCGAAAGUAAAUCCAAGUGAACAAGAUAUCUUGAAGACCUCUCAUUUCCUUCACCCCAUGACUCGUCUUAUGAAAAUCGAACGUUCACGGUCUCGGUCACCACCUCCAUGCCGAUCGCCACGAUCACCACGAUCAUCUCGUGAUAGGAUGGCGGGAGAUCAUGACAAUAAUAGUCAGGAAGAAGAAGAAAGAAGAAUUAUGGAAGGUAUGCAGUUGUCUGCGUUUCAACCGAAUUGCAAGGGUUUUCCUCAUAUCAUACCACCAACUUCUCUGGCAGAUAUAUCACGGGUCCCGAUGGCAUCAGCAGCAGCCGCGGCCGCAGCUGCUGCGUCACGACUCGCUGCGGCGACGGGAAUCUUCCUGCCACUUGGAACACACGCAAACGGUCCUCACAGUCUCGCUCUGUCGGCCGCAGCAGCGUCUGCUGCCGCCGCUGCGGCUGCAGCAUCACCGACCCGCGGUAAUUUUCUACCGAUCGGAAGAAAUGACGCAACCGUCGUCGGAUCUCCGGUAGCACAACUCCAGAUGACGCCCUUUCCAUUAUUUGUUAAUUCAGCGUCUGGGUGUUGGACAAUGAUUAGACCUAUGGAAUUUGCUCAAAAUAUGAUUGAUAUGAAGACAUCUUGCACAUGAUGAUUAUAGCUGGAGAUAUUAUGGACAAAAUUAUUUACUGUAG